GUGUUUUUUAAGGCAUUAAAUGCAGUACACUUAAUUGUAUAGAGCUUGCACAGAUCAUUUUCCUUAUGUUUUGUUAUGGGAUUCGAAGGCUGAUUUCCAAAUCGUCACCUCAAACGGACGUUUUUCUCUCUGUAUGCUAUUUCAGCACAGCAGCACAAUUUUUGCAUACAUAAAAUUCGACGAUUGGUGGGGUUAGAGGAGACAGGCGUACACAGCAAAUGGCUGAACAAGCAGGCCUUUCCGUUGAAGAAAAGGAAGAAAAUAUCAGUCAAGGAGAGAAAGUUAAUCAUAUAAAAAAUACAGAGAAGAGGAAGCGAAAGAAAGUUUCUGCAGAGGUGGAGAAGAGAGGAGGAGUAUGUUACUUGAGCCGCCUGCCUCCGCAUAUGAAACCACUCAAGCUUAGGCAAAUUCUUUCUAACUAUGGGGAGGUCCUCAGGAUUUAUUUGGCACCGGAAGAUCCUGUUGUGAGAUUGCGUCGGAGACGAGCAGGGGGGAACAGAGGAAAGGAAUUCACAGAAGGGUGGGUGGAAUUUUCAAAGAAAAGUGUUGCAAAGAGGGUUGCAAGCAUGUUAAAUGGGGAACAAAUAGGAGGUAAAAGGCGAUCAUCGCAUUAUUAUGAUCUUUGGAAUAUCAAGUACCUUCACAAAUUUAAAUGGGACAAUCUUACUGAAGAAAUUGCAUACAAGAAUGCAGUCCAUGAGCAAAAAUUGACUAUGGAAUUAGCUGCUGCCAAGAAGGAACGAGACUUUUAUCUUGAUAAAGUUGAACAAUCACGGGCUAUUAGCUCUUUUGAAGAGCGCUUGAAGAAGAAGCAAAAGAGGGGAGCAGAAGGGUCAGAUAAAGCUAAGGAUUCAAAGACAAAUGAUCUAGAGCCAAGGGUUGUUCGAUUUUUUCCACAGAAGAAGUCUAUUUCUGAUGCAGUCACUCAUUCUUCACCAAGGCUUUCAAAAGAACUUUUGGCUGGGGUAUUUGGAGGUUCGUCUUCAUGAUAUAAAAGAAUUAUAUUUGCAUAAAUGGUGUAUGAAUGGCAUUGCAUUAGUUGUGUGUUUAUAAUCACCAUUACUUCCCUUGUGUCAAGGUAUAAUUUGACACCUAAUAGAACAUUCCCAGACUCCAAAUGGCAGGAGUGGAAUAACCUGCCAUUAGGAUCUAGGCAUAAGCCAGCCUGGGAGCGUGAUUUAAACAGGUUCUUUCAGUUUUGAUGAUCUAGAGAAGCUUUACAUGAUCAUUUAAUGAAAUUGACAUUUGGCAAGCCUUGCUAUUUGGUGCAUGGCAUAUUCUUCAAUAAGUGAACAGAUUUCGUGGAAGUACAACUUAAAGGUAAUAUCUAAGCUCAAAUAUUAGUGUUUUGAACUUUUUGAGUGUAAAAUAUGUUCAAUUCAUGUAUAAUAGAAGCCAGUCAGGUCUAUAUAAAACAUCUGCUUUAACGAUUUUUUCAGUUAUUUGACAAUUUUCAUUA